AUGGUAGUUUAUGGUAGUAUUAUUAUUGACAAAGAAUCUUGGGGUCGGACUUUUUUGAACGGCAUGAAAAAGAGACGCUAUCAUGUGGAGGAGAAAUCCAAGGGGUGUCACAUCUUGGAGGUUGAAGUGAGGAGGAGUACAGUGAACAAUCUUGCUGAUGCCAAGGUCACAGAGGUGGAGGUUGUAGACGGUCGAGAAGAGGCUGCCAGAGAGAAGAAAUUAGAAGACAACGAUGCGACACUAGGGUACCAAAGCGUUGGUCUAAUCAUGGACGUGAUCGGCAUCGUUGGCAAUAGCCUCGCCGAGAUCCUCCCCUUCUCUGAAACCCCUGGCAACCCAUGGAAGGUCUACGGUAUCACCCGCCGCCUACGCCCGUCUUGGAACGCCAAUCACCCCGUCGAAUAUAUCCAGUGUGAUGUCUCGGACCCCGAAGAAACCCAAUCUAAGCUCUCAACCCUCCAAGACAUCACUCACAUCUUCUAUGUAACUUGGGCCAAUCAAUCCACUGAAAUCGAAAGUUGCGAAGUGAAUAGAAAAAUGUUGAGAAAUGUGCUCAAUGCAAGGAUACCUAAUUCCCCAAAUUUGCAGCACAUUUGCCUUCAAAGGGGUCGAAAGCGUUACGCGGGUCCGUUUGAACUGUGGGGCAAUUUUCAACCCCAUGACCCUCCAUUUCAUGAGGAUCUUCCUAGGCUAGAUGCACCCAAUUUUUACUAUACCCUUGAAGAUAUUUUGUGGGAAGAUGAUGGGAAGAAGGAGGGCUUAUCGUGGAUGGUUCAUCGUCCCAGGGAUAUAUUUGGCGCCAUACGUCUCACCAUGCUCAACGAGUUCUCCAUCCCGCUGAGCUCAUUGACCGAAAAGUGA